ACCGAGGCUAGGGACCACUGCCCGCCGCCGCCGGGGCACAGGGCGGGCGUUCUGCCUCCUUCCCUCUCGGACUGCCCUCGGGGCAGGACAGCGGGCAGCGGGCUGGGCACUCCGCCGCCGGCGGGCACGGAAGCCGGCCGGGGGCCGGGGCAGCCCAGCUACAUUCCGGAGCAUCGCUGCGCGUCCUGCUAAGCCUCUCUCCAGCAGGCUCGGGAGCGGCUGGAGCCCAGAGGAGGUUUAUAAUGGAACUUACAUCUUUGCCUAAAUUCCUUUGGACAAGUGACAACAAGCUUCUGCAUCACCAUUUUCCAGACAUACUGGCUACUGUUCAUACCACACAAGACAUCCCUGAAGAAGUUGUUUUUGGACCAUGCAUGCUCCAGAACACCCUGCUGGACACUGUAGCUUUCAUUGCUCUCAAGUGUUCUGACAGACGGAACAUCCACUAUGUAUUUAAGGUGGAUGUUACAUCUGUGCACAGUCCCACAGGACUGCCUUGGAUGAGACUUGUGCAAGCAGCUGCCCAUAGCAAGGAGCAGAACUUGGAAGCCUACUUGGAAAACAGUCAGUUAUACUAUCGCUCCACCAGGAAAAUCAGCAAAAAUGAGGAGCUGCUUGUCUGGUAUGAUGAGGAGCUCUCCAGCCUCUUGGGUUUCAAUGAGAUAAAAGCUCAGAGGCCCCAGAAUGAGUUGAGAUGCCAAGAGUGCGACCGAGUCUUUAAAUGUGAGCAUUCCUAUCUGUCCCAUGUCCGCUUCCUCUGUGUCCCAGAGAAGAGCUCUCUGCUAUGGAGAAACUCCCAGAACCCUAAAACUGAAAAGAGCAGCCUAGCUGAGCAGACCACAAAUUUCCACAGUCUGGCAAGGGACCUGGAAGUCAAAAUGGCAGCUUGUAAAGAUGAUGCACAUGGUAUUAUUGGAGAAAGGAGAGCAAAGUCUGAAGAGGCUGAGAACAACAGGAGCAGGAAGACAGUGCUGUUGGAGAAAACCAAUAAUUUGACUGAGGAACGUAACUGUGGGGGCAAGGAAGAGGUUGGGGGAGAGCAUGCAUUGGCUGGUUCUUUCAGGAAGCUUAGUUCAGGGAGGCAGUCAGCUAGGAAGGAUGCUUUAGAGCAGAAGCAGAGUGCUUUCACUGAGGUCAGGAGGAUGAAAGAGAAGCUGAGGAAUGAGAGACUGCAGGAGCCAGAGCAGGAGGAUGGCACGGCCCCGCUUGGUAAAGAGCAGGUGUCAAAGGAGGCGUUGCUGAACUCAUCUGGUAGUGCAUUCUCCUUUGUUUGGCCCACCAGAGCUCGAGGGGAACAGAAGAGUGCUUUCAGCAAGCCCAGUAAGUGCGUAACAGAAAGAGCUGCAGUAAAUUCUUCUCAUCCCAUGAGUGAGUCAACAAAGAGCCUGGGGGAGCUGUCUGGCUUCAUUGCCACCGCAGACAUCAUGUGCUGCAGCAGUCUUCUCAAUUCCAAGUUCUUUGUCAGUGAUUUGUGUAAUGCUCAGAUGCUGCAGACAAGCAUCACUCGGAGCAGUGUUUUCCCAUAUACCUCAGAACCGUGGCUCAAGCAAGCAGGAGGACAGUUACAAAACACCAGCACCACUUCAUCCUCCCCCUCCUCCUCCUCCUCCUCCUCCUCCUCCUCUUCCUUGACUCUUCUUCCCCCCACCUUCACAUCCUUUGGAGUGGCUGCCCAGAACUGGUGUGCCAAAUGCAACCUGUCCUUUCGCAUGACAUCUGAUUUAGUCUUCCACAUGCGGUCACAUCACAAAAAAGAAUACUCCUCAAGUGAAUCCCAGUGCAAGAGGAGACGGGAGGAGAAGCUGACGUGUCCCAUUUGCCACGAGUACUUCCGAGAACGCCAUCAUUUAUCCCGGCACAUGACUUCUCAUAAUUAGAGCUGUGCCGGCAGAUGUCACCAAGGGACCGGGCAGGUUGGAUGAGAAAGGGAAUGAUAGUUCACUUAAAUCCAUUUCUUUUUGAGUUUACAUUAAUUUCUUUCAGGAAAUCACUGUUUACAAUAACUUAUAAUAGAUGCUUGGCGAAAAAAAUAUUAAAUGUUUACAAGAGUCUGCGUGGGUUUUAAGUUUUGAAAACUCAACCUAGCCCUUGUCACCCUAUUUUUGAGGAAAUAAAAUAGUGAAAUGAAUCCACAUGCAGUGUUAAUUUGCAGCGUAGGGACAAAAUUAUAGAUGUGCAAACAGAGUUGUCUUUGCUUAUAUUUGAUUUGCUGGUGUCUGUGCAGUACAAUGUAAAUACAGAAGUAACAACCACCUUAUUGAAUGAGCAACCUUUAAGCAUUAGAAAAAUCAGAGCUUAUAUGUCAAAAGAAGAUAAGUUACUAUUUCUAGCAGCAUUGGUGGACUCUUAGUCCUUUAUGUUAGCUGAAUCAGCUCUCUUACCAAAUUUUUAAGUUAAAAACUGAUGUCUUAUCAUCUCCUUGGCUUUGAAAGGGACCUGAAUUUAUGACUGUUUGAAAUCUAUGAUUGUCAACAACUGACUGGCAGACUGCCAAAGAGGAUGGAACUUGUAAAGCAGAAUAUCCAAGUUCUGUUCCAGGCUCUGCUGCUUUUGAAAUGUCUGUUACUCAGUGAAAUCAGUGUGGGUCUGUAUCAAAAUGUGAGUUGUUGUCAAAUAUUCUAAGACCUGUGUGACUUUAGUAGGCAUACAGAUCUGAUGGGAGUAGAGUUCAGCCUGUGGUUUUCAGGUUUUGGAUAUACCAAAGGAAGCAGUUAGGGUAUAUGAGUUACAAUUAGCUACUGCACAUAUAGAAUCUGCACACUUUAAUUGUGGAUGAUAGGCUCUGUUCUGAUAAUGCUAGAAGAGAAACACAAAAUGAUACAGGUGUACAUGAAUUGCACUGCAUUGUACCACCUUGUCUGUCCUCUGGUUUCUGCAUGGGCCAAUUCCACCUUUUUUAAAAAGAGAGUGGCAUAUUCUUUCUCUUGCCUGUCCCUGAGACAUUUUUCUUUUGUCUACUUUUUUUGAGCUUUGCUGAGUCUCAGAAGUAAAUUUAUACUACUCAGAGUGGGAGGAAACACUGUCUAUUUUACUGCAGCCCAUCUAAUUAGCCAUUUGUUACUUUUUAAAUUCGUUUAGGGGCUUGAUUUUGAUAGUUUAUGCCACAUUGUUCUUCAAGCAAUCAUUUCUCCUGCUCUUGUAUAGUAUUAUUUCAGGUUGUCUGAUGUUUUUGUAGCUUGCCUUUGAACCUCACCUGCCUCAUCAAGGGCUACUAUUCUCUUUCAGUUAGAGAAUGAUCAGAAACCAUUCAUUUCCCAGCUGAGGGUAAAGGACAUUUCAAUAUGCUCUAUAUGUUCCACCAUAGUGAUAAUAUACUCCAGUGGUUUUUGAAUACUGGACAGAAUUUUGAGUUACCAUGAAGAUGCCUUGCCUGAUAAUGCAAGGAUCAGUGAGUAAAUACAUCUGAACAAAAAAGAGAGACUGACAGUCUUAGGCUGUCAGCUGGAACCAGCAUAACCCACUCACUGUCACCUCUUGGGAGACCUCUGUAAGUCAGAAGAUUGUAUUCUUCCCAAUAUAUUGCUGUUGAACAUUAAUACAUGGCUCUUUCCUAUUAAUAUAAACAUUUUUAUUAUUGCAGGCUUUAUUUUUGAAACAUAAAGUGAUAAAACUAUUACAUUAUGCUUUGAGUUCAGGAGAAAGUUCUGGUUGGAUUGUAACACAGCUUUUCAAGGUCAGUGGUGGAAGCUCUUUCACUUGAAUCAUUAAAACACAAAAUGAACAAAGACUUCGAAACACGGAGCACAGGGAACAACCUUGCAUUGAGAAGGGGAUGGUGUGGUUUUCUUGUAAUCUUUCCAUCUCUAUUUUGUGUCCAAUAACAUUUGCUGUGUAAGGAAUAUAUUUAUGGCAAAGUUUAAUGGGCCAAAUUUCACUCCACCUGGGUGCCAGCCAGUUUACUGUGAAGUCAGUGUCCAUAAAGUGUAAUGAAGGACUCUGUGGUGUAACUGCAUUCAUAUGUGGUCAGGGUUAUAUUUCCCAUUAGUAGUUUAGGCCAGAUUGUGAUCUCAUUUAUUCCAGUGAAAAUCCAGAAUAAUUCCAUGUUGCUACUCCUGAUUUAUACUCCUGAUUUAUAAUUACUUUAAGAUCAGCCUGGCCCAGUAUAAAUAAGACUGAAGAUUUUUUGGUACCAUUACUGCAAAAUGUUCUUUUCUGUACUUACUGAAAGAUGCCAUGUUUUCUUAACAGUUUUAUGAUUAGAAACCUAGCUUCAGAUUUCUUUUGGAAAAAGACAGCACUAGCUGUAUAAUGCUCCCCAGUAUUAUUUUGGCACAUCACUUCAACAUUACCCUGCUCCAAAUGCCUGUUUUUCCAGGGCACUACACCUGGUGUGUAAUUUAGAUCAGAAUGAAACAGUACCAAAUCUUACUGGUUACAUGGUUUCACUGAUUUUGUGUGGGACAAAGUGUAGAAAAUCAACCACUGAAAAACAGAUGCUGAGUCUCAAAACUCUUUAAAUAGUGUGUUAGACCUACAGCCUGUAGGUUUGAUUACUCACCAGUAAUCAAACUUCUUCACUUUGCCUAAGGUAUGAGGCUUAAGCAGGCAGCAAGGUUACAGGGAGAGACAGCUUCCCUUUAUGUCUUGGAGUUGUUUUCUUUGGGAAAAAAGAAAAGGUAAGAACUCUUACCCAGUUUCCUUGUGGGCAUAUCUCAGCCACAGCAGUUUAUAUCCUGUGAUGCCAAGGAUUGUAGGAGUGCCUUCUGUGCACAGAGAGAGAAUUAUGAGGAGAAGCUGUUACGAAAAGUGGCAGAGCUGGUUCAAAAUGCAAAAAUGAGGAGAGGUUUUUAAUGAGCUUGAUUUCUGGUACUUUCGUCAUCUCCUCCAGCUCAGGGGCAGUGCACUGUGGUCCUGGUCUGUAAAGAUUGAGGAUUUCCCUCUUGUAACACAGAAAUCACACUGCAGGCAGUGUAUGCAAUGCUGUCCUUGUUUUUUUGUGGGUGGCCAUCAGCAUAAAGAUUGCAUUAACAAAUUUCUUAUUCUGAGGUAAAGGGGUUUGGGAAUGAAGACUUAUUUAGACACAUAGCAAAACAUACAGCCAAACAAUAUGACAUCUUGUUGCCUGCUACAUCUAUGCUGAUAUCAGUGCAAAACCACACAGAUGCCAACAGAACCAGAACUUGAUUCCCUAUGUAUAAAACCAGCUCUUUGUGCAGGCACAGUGCAAGUCUUUUAUGUGCCUCAAAUUUAACUGAGUGUCUCAUCUAAACUGGGUUACAUAAACCAGGGGGCUUAUCCAAAAUUUUUGGAGAUUUUAUUUCUUUAAAUGAAAAUACUCAUAUUAAAGCUGAGUGAACCAAAUAUUGAACAGGCAGAAGGAAGCCUAACGAGACAAAGAAAAACAAACUUCCUAUAAUUGAGUCAUGCUGGAAGCUUAUUUCCCCUUAUGUCUAGAAGUCUGAAAAUUUAAAUUGGUGCAGAUGAAAUCCUGCUGGAAGGAAAGCACUCCACUAAAACAGGGGGUUUGUGAAGAAAUGAAGGACUACAUUCUGUCCCUGUGAUUUUACAGCAGGGAUCUCUGUCUUUUAUUCAAGUAGAAAUUCUAAGGAAGGAGGAAAAAUAAUUUUGUUUUUAAAACAAGAGGAGACAAUUUGCAGUGAGCAGACUGGUUCUCUUCCUGUCUUUGCUAACAGCUAACUGUUAAUUUUGAUCAAACAACUGUUCCUCAUGACAUGUGUUUCUGGAUCAGUGAAAAAGGAUGCAACACAGGGCUGUCAAGCAGGCUGUGUUUCUGCAAUGGGUAAUGAGUUUACUGAUAGGAAAUGCCAGAUUGCGAUAUUUGUUCACUCACUGAUCAUUGAUUCCUGAAUUUUUUCCGAUGAAGAUGUGUUUUUCCAUCAAAAUAACAUUCAGAUGUGCUUUUGAGAAAUAUAUAUUUGCUUGGUUUUUUACGAGGUAAUUUUUCACUAAUCAAGGCAGUCUGCAGGCCUCCUUGGAUCUACAGGGCACUGUCACAGCUUAGAGUUCACUUUGAUCCCCUUGCUCAGCUUGGCUGGAGCGAGCUGGCAAAAUAAGGAAUGGGAACCAUGGUCCAGCCUGGAAAAUGAAAACUUUAAUAAUGAAAAUAACCAAGGUGGAGGCUGCAGGUUACAGAGACUGGGACAUAAGACCCGUGGGCGGGGCAGACACAGCCAGGUGUAGGGGCAAAGGUGCAAUCAUGAACGUGAACUUGGAACAUGACCUUAUUUGAACAAAGUCCUGAACCAACUGAGAACAAGAAGCAGAAACUUGACCAGAUACAGGGUAGUUCUGUUAGCAUACCAACUCCCAAGAGCCCACAGUUCCCACUGUGACCUGACCAGGUGCCCCCUCAGUAUAUGGUUUGCCAAGGUCUGAGGUCAAAGCCCUCUGCAGAUGAGUCUGAGGUGAAAAUUUCAGCUGGAUGAGAUCCCACAGGGCACAGUUUGGAAAUCACUGGACUAAGGCAGCACAAAAGAAAUAAAAGCUGGCUGUCAUUUCUUCGUUAGAGUUCUAUGAAUGCUGGAAGGAGAAAGAGGAUACUGCUAGGUAGGCUGAUACAGUAACUCCUUUCUUUCUGCCUUUUAAAGGAACAUGAUUAGGAUUAAAUUUCGGGAAGUUAUUCUAGGUGGGAUGGUAAGAAAAUCAUGCUAUAAACUGUAGAAUGCUCAUGUCAGCUCUGGAACCAGAUGAAGGAAGGGUGGCAGUUUCAUCAUGUUUCCUUUUGUGUUCUGGAAGAGCACUUCAGAAAUUGCUUGCCCCUCCCUAAAAACCUUCUAACUUUCUCAUUUAAACCACAAACCAUGGACUUUGCAUAACUAAUUUGGAUUUGUGCUUUUGUGAUUUUCAGACCUUUCAAUGCAGAGUAAUUUUCUACACAAUUACUGACUGUACUUCUGUGAGGUCUAAACUCAUUGAGAUGAACAUAACUAUGACAUAGCAAUUUGUGAAGACAGGAAAAAUUGCUUUUAACACACUGGCCUUUGUUAAGCCUGGCAGUUUCAAUAUUAAUUAGCCAGUACUAUAAAAUAGCAAAUAAUACUUUGUCAAGUAAUAAAAUUUCUCAAGGUUGCACAAUAGUUUUUCACCGAAAUCGAUCACUUUAGUGAAUUAACAGCAUUAUUGAUUUAAAAUGGACUCACCAGCAAUUGCAUCUUCAUUGUUUGUUUUUCCAACUGGAUUCCAAUUGCUAGACAUAUUUAUUACCCAUAUGUAUUUCCCAUAUUACUCUGAGAAGAAUUUAUUUGCUGCUUGUGCCCAUAUGGUAUAGCUUUUUGUCCUUGAAUGGAUGGCCAAAGUUUCUAAAUAUUUGGCUUAACAAUUAACAUUGUUUGUACAUGACAGCACAACUGAUUGUGUUUAGGAAAACAAAGCAGUUUAUCUGGAUCAUUGAGGUAUUAAAGAGGUUUAAAAGACAUCAGAAGACAUACAUUAGAGUUGUUUACUCAUUCAUUGUCUACUCCAUUUUUUUACACAUUAAGAGUAUUUAAUAUUCUUCAUACAUAUAUCACUUUACAUGAAAUUCUGCAUGGGAUUUAUUUAAUUAAAGUAUUUUCCACAACACUGAGAAGUUUAACAACAAGCUAUUUCAUAAAAACCAGAACAUAAAAAUGUCUCAAAAGAGUUCAGGUUAGCAGUCACACUGAAUGUAGUUAAUAAGACAAAUAAUAAAAAGGAUGGAAAAUCUAUUUAGUUCUUAAAAUUUUCUUCCUGUAAAAACUGGAAGUCAAGUGUUUUACACAAUUUAUAAAAAAAAAAACAAAAACAAAGUGGUAGGAACUUAAAAAUGAGCAAAUGAACACCAAUGUGUAACUACUGUAGACUCUUAACUGAAUUUUGGGGGACCAUUUCCCUAAUUUAAUUAUCUUACAGCUGACAUUUUGUAGAGAUGAAAAAAUACGAGAUCUAGAUUAAAGUUACACAUAUUUCUAAAUAAUUGCGAAGAUAUUUGUUUAACUAAGAAUUGUAGGAAAGACAAGGAAUGUUGUGCAUUAAGCUCAUGUCAAUAUCUCUCUGAGUUAUCCUGGAAUCCACUACCACUUCAUACGUAGCUUGAUAGCAGGGUGCAAAGGAUAUUUUUCAGCUUUGUCCUGCUCAUCCUCCCCUCUGACCAACACUGAGAGGAGCAGGCAUGCUCCUUUCAAGGACCAGGAGUCUUGGGACACCCUAACAGGCUGGGAAUGGUUAUUUUUGGUACAUCUAAAUGGUGAAAUGGGGAAGAGACUUAAUUUGGCUCUUGCAGUUUGAAAAACAGACUCUUUCAACUACUGCUAAUUUUUAAAGAUGCAUAAAUAGGAAUGCACACCAUUUCCAAAGGAGAAGAGCCUUUUCUGUCUUUAAAGUUGUUAACAUGCUCUCAAUACUGACAGCUGAGAUUUUCUAUGAGACGAAAGGAGAUCUGUGAUUGGUAACUACACCUCAAAAAACUUACACACUGAACAUUUAUGUUUGAUCACAGGAGAGGAAUCCAGAAACCCCAGUGAAUUGAAGCAUUUCGACCAUGCACAGAAAGAACUGGGUUGCACAGAGUGGGGAAAAUUGCCAGCAUGUUGGAAAGGACUUACUUUGAGCUAUGUACAGGGACUCAAUCACUGACCUCAGAGACUGAAACGAAGCUCCCACUUCUUUCUAGGGUUUUCAUUUGGCUAGCUAGCUUUCUUUUCAUAAGAACUAGGGAUGUGUUCCUCCACUGGGCUAUCUAGAGCUGUGUAGGUGAGCAUUGAGCAUCUCCUUUGCUUUGAUGAGCGCUGUUUCUGCUGGUGUUUCUAUGUGAGGAGGGACUCCUUUCCCUUCCCAAGAGGUGCUGUCUGCAGAGAUGACUGAUCUGGAGGUGGGGAUGACAAUGUAGAAGUUGGUUUCAUCUACCUGAUAGGUCUGUGGGGAGUGGCAGCCACCACUGGUCUGCUCCCCAAUGAUGAGAGCUCUGCUCAGUCUCUUCAUUAUGUGUACAAACUCUUCAGCAGCCCCAGCUGUCACAGCACUGGUAAGGAUUACAAGCCCCUUCUGAGAGCCAUACCUCUCCCCUGUAAGGUAGGAAAAAACCCAUCAGAAAUGAAUCCAUUUUCAGAGAUUUAUUUGUAUAGUAGAGCAAAGAGAAGCAAAGAUAGAGGCUUUGCUCCCUACCUGCUAUUAACAACCCAAGAAGUUUGGAAAUUUAACUUUGUGCCUAUGAUAGUAUUAAAGUACUUGUAACACUAGCCCAGGCUAUAUGCUGUAAAAAAAGCCUGUCUCCCUGUGUGGUGCUCUUGUGCCAUCAGCUUCUGGUUAUGAGCUCCAUGAGGAGAGAAGCCAGCUCAUGAUUACUACUGUUAGCUCUUCUAUGGCUUUGACUUUUACAGGAGCUCCAGAUCUCAUCAGAGUAAUGGAAUAGACAGGUGAGAAAAAUGACAAUUUUCACCAUUGCAGCAGGAGUAGUCAAAACUCAUCCAGAAGCAUCUUUAGUUUCACCCUCGUCCCUGCUCUAGGAACAUGACUGUCAUAGAGCUUGGCCUGCAACUUUGCAGGCAUUAUUUUAUGAAAUUACAAUUAUAGGGGGUUCCCACAGCUUUUUUAUAGUUUGUAAAUGGAUGCUAUACAUGACCUUUGUCCCAAACCCCUCAACAAAUACCCCUUUAUUACUAGGAUCUGAGCCAAAUAUCUCAUUUUCUUACAUAAAACAGCAGACAGAAAUAGGAAGGGCUUUGAACCUGAUUUUCAAUAUAUCUGAACGUUCUAGAUACUUGUUGAUAGUUUAGUUUCUUUGAAAAAGUGACUAGUGAGUAAUAACUAGGACUUGAUAGCUUGAAAAGUAAACUGCUCUAAAAAUGUCAAUUUAUGAGUAAGUAAGAGUAUGACAUAUAAUUCUCAUGCUAAAUUCUAAGAGAGGGGCCCAAUAGCAUGGUAAUUAAUUUUCACACCAUCUUUUGUCUUCUCAUUUCACUAUGAACAUAAUAACCAUUAAAAUACUCUUUUCACAGUACAUCUAUAUAAUACAGGACCAGAUCCAGGUCCUUUGAAGUUAAUAUGAGUCUGCCUGUUCUCUUUGAUGGGAACUGGAGAGUGUCCAUAGAAAUCAUAUCCCUAAGCACAACCCACCUCUGACUGCCUGGGAAAAUAGAUGGGCCCUGCAGACUGGGACAAAAUUUAACCAUUUCAGCAAGAGCCAGGCCAACAACUGCACACACCAUUAACUUUUUUGUGCUGUCUUAGCUUAAGAGGGGGAAAUAAUUAAACCCCAUGUUUAAGGCUUCUCAGCACUCUAGCUGCAGCCUAUGGGCACUGAAGAGCUCUGUUUCUGCAUGUUGCAGCAUCCUUUCAGUAUCCACAAACUGGGGCAGGGUAUGUGUGGGGUGUGUGUGACUCAUUGCCAAAUGCUUCAAACUCACCCACAUGUACAAAAUUUAGUGGUUUUCUUUCUCUUGUCCGGACAAACUGGGGUAUUAUUGUGUUUUCAUCUACUGAUGUAGAGGAUGACACAGGUAGGUAGUAGGGAACAAUUUAUAAAACUGCAUGGGAGUGUUGGAAGACACCUUACUACUUUUAAAGUUGCCAGAGUUACAGCUGCUGUGCACAGUAUUUGGCUAAACUUCUGGGGACCAAUUUACAGACCUCUGUGCCUAGCAUACCCCAUUUCAAGGAGUGAUAAAUUGUUUAUUUGUAGAUGGCACUGAGUGACACAGCUGAAAUGCACAUUUUUUAUUUCUGCAUUCUCUACACAGCUUGAGCUGAUCAUGGCAGGUGCUUCCACCAGCUAAAUUACAGGAUUUAAUGGCUCACUUUAAAAUGACAAGGAGACACAUCUGAAAUGAAAAGCUACACUGAAAAGAAAUUGUCAUUUACCUUUGAGCUGUGGCUGAGUCCAUAUCUCCUUUACUGAGUCACUGGGUCUGUCAUAAACUUUGUCCAGGAGAAUUGGGUGUCCUUCAUCAAAGAAAUAUGAGCAUAGGAUUGCUAUGGGCGUAGUGGAGCCUCCAAUAUUGUACCUUUUCAAAAAUUAAAAAUAUUAGGGAAACAAGUGAAAAUUUGUGUCAGGCAGUAAAUCUCCCUUCCAAGUAUUGUUCCUUAAUAUCAGUCCCGAAAAGGCUUAUGGCUACAUUUUGAUAUAUUUAUAGUCAUUCUCCCCUAUCAGCAUUUGCAUGUCUAUCAGAUAAGGAAAAUCCUGUCUAGAAGUGUCAGACUGUUAUUGCCCACAACCAACUUCCAAAGCAAACACAAAACUUAAAAGUCUAUUUUUUUUCUUGAUGUUACCUAGAAAAAAUCAGAAAGUAAGCAAAGACUCUGGAUCUGAAGAGAAACAUCAGAUUCUUGUUAUUCCCCUCUGAGUAACCCCUUCUGUUCCUGACACAGGCAGCGAGGAGUGAAUACCUAAGCCCUCAUACAUAAAAAUAGAUUCCAAUUAAAGCAACAUAUGUUUGUGGAACUGUUGUGUUCUUAGUUUUUUGCUACACAAAAUGAGUGGUUUUAUUGAGGUCAUUUGUUUUGUGCCUAAAGAUUGUGCUAGUUGCUCCAUUUAGCACGCUCAUAAUUGAAAACUUUGGUUGCAGUUUAAUUGCAUAGCAGUCUCUGAAGACUAAUUUUACUGAAGAGCAUGUCAUUGGAGAACCCCUGCUAUGAAUACACACAAGUAACUACCAAAAUACUUUUGCCUGUCACUUUUCACUAAUGCUAGAGCAGAUCCAGCUCUAGAAAUGCUUGUACUUUACUUACUGAUAGUGUGGAUUCACUGCUUUCUGGAGCUUAUUGGAGUACCCAGCACAGGCAUUCCAGCAAAAACCUGCUGGAAGAUGACUUUAUUCAGUUCAAUCUAUGGCUAAGACUUUUCACCUCCAGAAAAGGACCUGACCAUCCAGGAGGCCUCUGUUCUGAAGAGUGAAGUCUUUAUUCUUCAGCUUUUGGGAGCUGUAUGACUGACAGUGUGACUGGCUGGAAGUUAAAGAGCCAUCUCCAGUGUGUCCCCGGUUCUGCUGUGCUGCAGGAAGGUGUUGCUGCUGCUGCCCAGCCCAGCAGGGCCAGCCCAGCAGAGCCAGCCCAGCCCAGCAGAGCCAGCCCAGCCCAGCAGAGCCUGGCUCACAUGGGUGCCACCAGGGCUGGCGCUGGCGGCAGGCAGGGCAACGCUGGAAUGCUCUUCCCAGGACACUCUUGCGGACAGUGAAACUGCAGUAACUUUAGUCAGUAAUAAUGACUGAGCUGGUGCCAGAGUUUUAACUUAACUCUUGGAUGCUAGUACUCCUUCUUACAGAUGUCUUAUGUGACCUUAGGGAGGCCUUUUAGUUGAUCAGUGUCUCCUGUCAAUGCUGUGAGAGUUAAAAAGAUGAAGUUCAUGACUGGCACAGCUGUUCUGUGAAGGGGGACUGUUAAGGUGAGAGACAUUAUGCAUUAUGGUUAAUCCCAUGCAAAAUUGAAAUUAUCUAAAUAUGAAGUUCAUGAGUGACCCAGCUGUUUCAGGGAGGACAACUUGUAAAAUGAGAAACAUUAUUCAUUAUGGUUAAUCCCAUGCAAAAUUUAAAUAAUCAGUCUUAAAAUUAUAAAAUUGGCUAACAGAAAAUUUCAGAAGGUUUGUUUUAUAUGCCUUCAGAGACUGCAUCUUUUAUGUGCACUCAAAGGACUGAAAAUACAUUAAAUAGAAAAAGAAUAAACCAAAACCAAACAACAGAUGAAAGAGUUAUAAUGACGCCAUUUGGUACCUGAGAUGUGAUUUCAUCUUUGCUGUUUCAGUGCCCUCAGCUCUGAAAUUUUUAGUUUGGGAGAAAACUGGGGCAAGAAAGAUAAAAGUCCUAAUGCUAUCUCAAGUCUAGUGGAAGAUGGUGGUGCUUUUGCUGAAUUCAAAUUCAGUCAUGGGUGUGUUAUGGUGGUUGCUGCCUUGCCUCUUCUGUGCUCACACAGUGAGAGCUCUAUCUCUGCUCUCAUCACUGCUCAACUUUUCCACCCGAUGCUGAAAAUCCCACAAAAAUAUUAAGAAGAUUACCAAAUAUUAAGAGCCCUGUGAUAGCAAUAGAUGCAAGUGGUCCUAACAUUGAAAACCAAGUUCUUACAAAGUCCUUCUUUGGUUUAUAUUUGUAAUGUUCUGGGCUCACACACAUUAGCUCUCUACCACAACAAGGGAAUGACUCCCCUAAAUGUUGUGCAGGAAAGGUACAUUUUUAUAUUAAUCUGCUUUGAUAGCUGGUGACAAAUGGAUGACAUCUUAUGGCUCAUAGGAUUUGGAGCACUGUUGACACACUGGAGGUUCCAGGAGAAUUCUAAGCAGAGAGCAGGUGUACGAUGCUGCAGCUUGGUGCAGCAGGGCCCAGGAAUGCUACAGGAAUGCUAAGUUCCUCUGUGCACAGGGCCCAUUCUGGACAGACCUGAUUGCUCAGAAUUAUUUAGCACUGUAGAUAUGGCAAGUUGAGUUAAAUUAAAUUAAAUUAAAGGCCACAGCCUUAAAUGUGGUCUAUCUUUUUGACUGUUGAAUCACUUGGCCACUACAUGAAGUAAAAGAUUUAUAUAUAUAUAUAUAUGUGGCACAUGGAGAGUUAGAUUAGAGAAAUAAAACACAUGUAAUGUCCAGAAUUGCAUUCUGCAAACUAUUCCCUAAAUUUGCCUAUUUAGUUCUAAACAUCUCAAUUGAUAAUACAAUUUAUCUUGAGAUAUACUUCCAGACUGUUAUUAUUUUCCUUGUCUGUUUUUCUUUUCUCAUUUAAUCCUAGCAAUGUUAGCCUGUAAACAGGACAGCAAGCCAUGUAAAGCUAAUUCACUGUUACAAAUAAAAUGCUGCUUUGAAAGAGCUUUGGUUAUUUGCCAUUCAGAGGUUUACCUCAUGUCUAUGAUUAAUGCAUCUGUGUGAACAAUCUUCUUCCAAACAUGCUCUAUCAUUAGGUCGGACACCUGGGUUAGAAGUUCAC